AGAAGAGAAAGAAGGUCAUUGGGGGGUCAACUCGAAGGGGGUUCAGAAAUUAAUUUCGGAGCUGGCAAAUAAGGAGGCUCCCAGAAAUAUGGAGCUUCGUGCCGUAUCUGCACUGUAAUAAGCUUGCCGAUAAGGGACCUGGAAUCAAGUGAAAGGACUAUCAUCACGUAGCCUGAGGCACAGGCACAUACACUCGCGGCAAAAUGAUGAAGAAGUGUUGGUCAGCCAGCGGCGACGGCGUCGAAUACGACGUCCUUAUACGGGUGGACCACGAAACUGUGCUCCAAGCGCAGAGCGUCAAACUACGCAAAGUGAGCAAAUUCUUCGAAGAAAAUCUCAAGGAGAAAGUGGAUGGAAAAUAUCUGAUUUCCAUCGAUGGAAUCCCGAAAGAGUCCUUCGAGGUUCUCCUGGACUACGUCGAGACCGGACAUCUCACCCUGUACGAGCACAACGUGGCCGAGGUCUACUACGCUGCGCACAGGCUUGAAGUCCCUUUCGUGGUCGAAAAAUGCCUCCAGGUACGACCACCUGCAGGUGAAGCAUCAGGGGCGCCUGCGGAAGCGCAGGGUUCAAAGCCCAAGGUUGUUUUGGUUGAAGAACCUCCUCUGAUGCCUGCAGCUAGCGGCGCUGAAGUACAGAGUGCUAAGGAACCGAAAACGAAGUCGGUGAGCAGAAAGGCAUCACUAGCACCUCAGGCUUCCGAGCAACGAGAUGAGGCUGCAAAACCCCUUCCUACGCAGUCGGUGAGCGAGUCUGUGGUAGAGUCGACGGAAGACAUUCCCAUAAGCAUCUCGCAGGCUCCAACAGUUCAGUCCGCUCCUCCUCCACCACCACCAAAACAGGAGGUAUCGCAGGGACCUCCAAAGCCUGCCGUUCCGAGGGAGCGCAACUUUCUCGACUUAGUCCUCGAACAGUUUCCUCUCCUAAACAGACACGGAGAAGGUCUUCGGGGUCUCUCCCUCCAACACAUGAUCGACUUCCUCAACGAAGACGACCUGGGGACUUGCUGCGAAAUCCCCAUCUUCGUGGCGGCCCUCUUGUGGCUAGACGGAGACUACAACAGCCGCGCGCCUCUCGCGGCCGAUCUCCUCAGCUGCGUGCGGUUCACACGCAUGAGCACCGAUGACGUACUGCAUUGUUUCUUCCCACCGAUUCUACAACAAGUAGUAGAACGGCCCGCUGUACGGAAGCUGCUUCUAGAUGCUUGUUGCUACCACUGUGCCAAGCUGGAGAGGAGAGCACACUUGUUUCCAGAGUUAGCGCCAAGGGGACGACGAAAGUAUGCCAGAGGACGUCACAAAUGCAACAUAUGGGCUCUCCCAGAAGAGAAGGCAUCCGCAGAUGACGAUCGCAACUGCUCACCGUGCUUGAACGACGCCUAUCUCAAUCGUAAAAACCCGCAGAACCCAUCUCUCGAUAUGGCACACUGGAUGCUGACGUCAGUUUAUGGCCUGUCCUGCAUGUUGAUAACUCGCCACCGUUUCAUCAACAUGCACUACCACCACGUGGGUACCGAGGAGCAGACCAGCAAGGCCCGUACUCGGUCCUACGGUCGCACGAGGUACACCGUUCAGAAGCUGAACUGGGACGACAACGUUUGGAACCAGGUCGCCUUUAACAACCGCAUGAAUAGCGAAGAGUACGAGUCAGUCAUCUUCCUCCUUGGCGGACUCCACAGCGGGCACAAGGAACGUGCCGCAACAGGACUGGCAAUGGCCCGCAUGUACCCCAAGAAGAAACCUGGCAUCAAGCGGUUCAACAUUCUCCCGAGGCCGCUGUAUCAUCACAGGGCUGCUUUCUUGAAUGGAAGUGUUUACAUUGUUGGAGGCUUGGAUAUUCGUCAAAUGAAUCUAGGAGUAAAACGUCCGAGCCAUUGUUGUUUUGCCUAUGGCUUGAUUUGUGGUACUUGGGCUCGAACUGCGGACCUCAAUUUUGGCCGCGUCUUUCACUCCCUCGUAGUCUCCCAGGGGAAGCUGUACGCCGUUGGAGGACAAGGCGUUGACGAAAGGAUUCUAUCAUCUGUUGAGUGUUACGACCCAGCAGUGAAAGUGUGGAGCAUCGUACACGGACAUUUCUGCUGCCCUCGCAUGUCUACGGGCGCCGUUCUUGAACGGGGCGCUCUUCUAAUCCUUGCCGGGGGUGUCAUGACUAAUAAAAAGGUGUCGAAUGCAGUCUACGUCACCGACGAAGUCCACGCCAUUCGCCUUCCAGAUAUGACGCGGAGCAACGGGAAGUUCCCUCGUCUGCCAACGCCUCGUUUAAGCUGCGAAGCCGUCGCCCUUCCAGAUGGCACCUUGGUAAUUCUCGGCGGGCUCACGUUCACGGGGGGUGUCUAUUACGAGAGCGUUGGCGACGUGCUCGCACUCAAGCCAGGUUCCAAUCAGUGGAGCCAACUGCCACCUCUGCCUAGCAGACGACACGAUUUUUCUGCCCUUGCAGUAGAUAAAGACAUUUUCGUGUUCGGAGGCAUAACAGACGACAGCCGGGAGGUACACAGUGACAUCCUAGUGCUCCAUUGGGAAAGUACCCAAUGGGACGUUUGGGGACACCUGCCAGGACCCUUAGUCGGAAUGCAAACAGUUCUCUUGCUUGGGAAAGAUAUUCUGAUGGCAGAAAAUGCGUAACAUGAAUAUUAUAUAGUAUCCAAUUAUGUAACUCAAUAAAAGCUUACGACGGAAUA